AUGUCGCCUGGAAUGAAAUCGGUCGCUUAUUUUGUUAACUGGGCCAUCUAUGGGCGUAACUAUAACCCGCAAGACCUACCGGCGCAGAAGUUGACCCAUGUGCUCUAUGCAUUCGCCAAUGUGCGCCCGGAGACUGGAGAGGUGUACUUGACCGAUAGCUGGUCAGAUGUUGAAAAGCAUUACCCCACAGACUCGUGGAAUGACACUGGCAACAAUGUCUAUGGAUGUAUCAAGCAGCUCUUCCUUUUGAAGAAGCAGAAUCGCAAGCUGAAGGUUCUGCUGUCUAUCGGUGGCUGGACUUAUUCUGCCAACUUUGCUGGGCCUGCCAGCACCGAGGCGGGGCGAGACACCUUUGCUAGAACGGCCACUCGACUUGUGCUUGAUCUAGGAUUCGAUGGAAUCGAUAUUGAUUGGGAAUACCCUCAAAAUGGUAACCAGGCUCAGAACUUGGUUGAACUGCUCCAGGCUUGCCGUCAGCAUCUGGACAAAGCUGCUGGCCCAGGCCGCAAAUUCUAUCUCACAAUUGCUUGUCCUGCCGGACCCAGCAAUUUCCUGAAACUGAGAAUCCCGCAGAUGACACCGCUUCUGGAUUUCUACAACCUGAUGGCGUACGAUUAUGCUGGUAGCUGGGACACAACCGCUGGCCAUCAAGCUAACAUCUUCCCUUCCACCUCCAAUCCGCCUUCAACCCCCUUCUCGACCGCCGCGGCGCUGGGGCACUACAUUUCUGUGAGCGGUGUGCCGCCCGAGAAGAUGGUAGUAGGCAUGCCGCUGUACGGACGCGCGUUCACUAACACCGACGGCCCCGGCCGCCCUUUCAGCGGCGUCGGGGAGGGAAGUUGGGAGAGCGGCGUUUGGGACUAUAAGGCCCUCCCGCGUCCCGGCGCCCUAGAGCGUGUCGAUAACGAAGCGAAAGCUUCGUGGAGCUGGGAUAGCGGUGCACGCACCAUGAUCAGCUAUGACAAUGUCGAGAUCGGCCGGCGGAAGGCAGAGUUUAUCAAGCAGCGGAAGCUCGGAGGAGGCAUGUGGUGGGAGAGUAGCGGUGACAAAGGAGGCAAGGGCGCCAAUGCAGCGGAUGGGAGUCUGAUCGGCACGUUUGUCGAUGGAGUCGGUGGCAUUGGUGCGUUGGACCAGACGGCUAAUGCCAUCAAUUAUCCGGAGAGCAAGUAUGAUAAUUUGCGGGCCGGGAUGCCUGGUCACUAA